CAAAAAAUAAUAAUAAAAUAUUAUAUUAUAUUAGUGUUUAUGUAAACUCUCUCCACCGUCCUCUCAGCGAGUUCUUAGUAAAAUCAGAAUCUCACAUGGCGGCGCUUAGGAAGAUUGUUAAUUCCUCUACUGCUAUUACAAACCCUUCCCUUAUUCCUGCAUCGCUUUUCAUAUCUUGCAGAGCUAUUGCCUCCAAGCUCUUUGUUGGAGGUCUAUCAUUUGCCACUUCAGAUGAGGGAUUAUCAGAAACAUUUUCUCAAUAUGGUCAAGUUAUUGAAGCCAAAGUUGUGAUGGACAAAGUUUCAGAUAGAUCAAAAGGGUUUGGAUUUGUGACAUUUGCAUCCGAAGAAGAAGCCAAGAAAGCCCUCACUGAGUUGAAUGGACAGACAAUUAAUGGACGUGUUAUAUUUGUGGACUAUGCAAAACCUGAAGCCAAAGCCAGAUUCGAUAGUGGCGGAAUACCCAUAGCAAGAGGACCUCCAGAACAAUUGUCUGAUAGAGUCAAAGUCGAUUUCUUCAAUCAAGAAGACAAUUAAUAAUACCUAAACAUCACAUCAUAUAGAGUAAAACAUGCAUCAGAAUUCUAGAAUCGUAAAAUUCCCAUCAUCCAGGUAUGUUUUUGAUAAUGCCAUAGAUCAGUAAUUUUUGUGGGUGUUUUAUAGAUAGUGUGAACCUUAUUAUAUCUUUGCAAUUUUUGGUUGGACAAUUUGUAAAAAUUGCAAGAUUUGCGCUGAAUUAGUUGAUUUUUGAAGUUUGCCAUGUCUGGAGAGCUACCCUUACUUCUUGGUUCUCGCUUUUCUCUUUGAUUAUUUUAUUGAAACUUAUUUUAGUCAGUUAAUCCAUUUUAUUUGUAAAUAUACAGAUUAUAUUCUUUUUGGAUGAUUACUUGUGAUUGCCAUAUGCAAAAUGCUAGUAAAGAUCAAGUCCAUACUUUUAAAUC